GCGUCACAUAUUUCAAUAGCAUCUAUCAAUUAUAUUCAUUUCAAUGUAUAUUAGAUAUUAAGUCAUAACUGUCAAAAGGAGUAAGAUUUUGUGUGUGUGCGUGUGUGUAAAAGUGGAAAUCUCUUAAAUAUAACAAAAAUGGCUGACAAAUUAACAGAAGAGCAAAUUGCUGAAUUCAAGGAGGCGUUUAGUUUGUUUGACAAGGAUGGUGAUGGCACAAUCACAACAAAAGAGUUGGGAACAGUAAUGAGGUCCUUGGGGCAGAAUCCUACAGAAGCAGAGUUACAAGACAUGAUUAAUGAGGUGGAUGCCGAUGGAAGUGGUGCGAUUGAUUUCCCAGAAUUCCUUACUAUGAUGUCACGUAAACUGAAGGAUACAGACGAUGACGAAGAAAUAUGCGAGGCGUUCCGAGUUUUUGAUAAAGACGGUAACGGAUUCAUCAGUGCGGCUGAAUUGAGACAUGUAAUGACUAAUCUCGGAGAAAAACUUACAGAUGAAGAAGUUGAUGACAUGAUCAGAGAGGCUGACAUUGAUGGAGAUGGCCAAGUCAACUAUGAAGAGUUUGUCGCCAUGAUGAGGGGGAAAUAGCUAUUCAACGUUUUCCUGAAUUAGUUAUAAAUUUCUACAGUCUAUAAAAUUUAAUAUUUAAAUGCUGUCCAAAAAGCAAAAUGUACAAAACUUUUACAGAUAAGCUACAGUUAUUUGAUUCACAUACCGCGGGUACACUGGAAUCAUUAUUGUACUAAAUCUUUAUAUGUAUGUGAUUGGUUGUGACGCUUCAUCGUUGUAGUUAUAACUAACAUAUUUAAUUUAUAUACAUUUGUAUAAUAUCGUGUUAAGUGAAAAAAAACAUUCGCCUUUCU